AUGUCAUGUAGCGGUGAGAUCGACGAAAGUGACUCUUUUCCCAAAUACAAUUGGAUUGAUGGGACCGAGUCGCUCGAAAAAUACAGACCCGGGGGCUACCACCCGGUCAUGAUUGGCGAUCUAUUACAUGGGCGAUAUCACAUCGUCGACAAGCUCGGGUAUGGGGGCUAUUCGACUGUCUGGCUCGCUCGCGACACCCGCUUGGAACGUUAUGUUGCCGUCAAAGUCGGCAUCGCAAAUUCACUUUCUCACGAGACCAAGACCCUGAGAGUACUCUCGGCGCCUGGCGCAUCAUCUUUCCAUCCAGGGUUCUUAUCAAUCCCCUCUCCACUGGAUGAAUUCGAAUUAACCGGUCCUAACGGAACGCAUCCAUGCUAUACCAUGACUCCCGCACGAUGCAAUCUUAGAGAGGUUUCUUACAGCCGCCUUUUCCCUCUGGAUGUUGCACGUGCAUUAUCGGGUGGGCUUGUACUAGCUAUUGCAUAUAUACACUCGAAAGGGUAUAUCCACGGAGAUAUCCAUCUCCGCAACAUCCUAGUCAAGCUUCCGUCAAGCUUUGACAGUCUCUCAAUUGAGAAAUUUUAUGAAGAAUACGGAGAGCCCGAGAUAUAUCCUGUAAAACAGCGUAACGGAGACCCACUUCCACCAAAUGUUCCACCAAAGGCAGUAUCACCGCUGUACCUAGGAAUAAACGCUGGGGAAUUUACCCUCCGUGAUACGCAAAUCCUCUUGGGUGAUUUUGGCGAAGCAUUCUCCCCAACUUUGCAAUGUCGUCGCGGCCAAGAUUGUCACACCCCAUUCCCUAUGCGGCCGCCCGAGGCUCGGUUCGAACCGCAGACACCCCUCUCUUAUUCCGCCGAUAUCUGGAGCCUAGCGGUCGCGAUAUGGGAAAUCCUCGGCAUGAAGGCAAUUUUCAGCAUGGAAUCACCCGAAGAGGAAGUAAUAGCGCAGCAAAUCCAUGUUCUCGGCCCCAUGCCAGGGUCCUGGUUCAGCCAAUGGGAGGAGAGGGGAGACUUCUUUGAAGACGAUGGACGUCCCGUCGAGGGCCAGGAGAUAUGGCCUGCAAUGGAGCAAGCAUUUGAGGAAGGGGUGCGGAAAUAUCGACAGAAGAAGCGAAUGGCUGAUUUCGAUGACGAGGAGACAGCGGCGAUUUUGGCUCUGAUGCGGCGGAUGCUCAAGUUUCGGCCGGAGGAGAGGUUGACCAUUGACGAGGUGAUGCAGUCCGAGUGGAUGGUGAAGUGGGCGUUACCGGAGUAUGAGCGGAGCUUACAGGCACAGAAGGAGCAGUAG